AUGGUGUCGCUACCAAACACGCUACGCGUGGCCGUGCGUGCCAACAUUCCCCGCACGAUGGGUACUGCCGCCUUCUCUACGUCGGCUUCUCGCGCCAUGGCAUCGCCAGCAGCCGAGCAGCCGAACAUGAAGAAGUUCAAGAUUUACCGUUGGAACCCUGAGCAGCCGACGCAAAAGCCUAGGAUGCAGACGUACGAGCUCGAUUUGAACCAAACAGGUCCCAUGGUGCUUGACGCGCUUCUUAAGAUCAAGAACGAGCAGGACUCGACGUUGGCCUUCCGACGCUCCUGCCGUGAGGGCAUCUGCGGAAGCUGUGCCAUGAACAUUGAUGGUGUAAACACGCUUGCUUGCCUGUGCCGUAUUGACAAGAAUGCGCCGCAGAGCAACAUUUACCCCCUGCCGCACACUCACGUCGUCAAGGACCUCAUUCCGGACCUGACGCAGUUCUACAAGCAGUACCGCAGCAUUGAGCCAUACCUGAAGCCUGCUGGCCCGCCUCCGGGUGGCCGUGAAUACCUCCAGAGCCCUGAGGAACGCCGACACCUGGACGGUCUCUACGAAUGCAUUCUGUGUGCCUGCUGUGCCACAGCCUGCCCUUCGUACUGGUGGAACGGCGAUGCGUACCUUGGCCCUGCUGUCUUGAUGCAGGCAUACCGCUGGAUGGCUGACUCGCGUGAUGCGCAUGGCGCCGAGCGUCGCGAGAAGCUCGAGAACACGUUCUCGCUGUACCGCUGCCACACCAUUUUCAACUGCACACGGACAUGCCCCAAGGGUCUGAACCCCGCUCGUGCCAUUGCUCAGAUCAAGAAGGAUAUGGCUAUUGGCGCUCCUGAAGUGACCAAGCGCCCACUUCAGACACCGUAG